CUUAUACAUCUCUAUGCCGUUGUUGAGCAAUAUCUAAGGCGUGAUCCUUUUAAAAAGCUGAAGGUAUUUAGACAGUAGGGAAGCAUUUCUAAAAAUCUCGGUAAACCAUUGUUAUAAGUAUGCCAGUUUAUAUUAUCACCAUAGGUUCUUGUGUCGAACGGUGCUAAAUGAACCAUGGUGCAUGCAUGAAGGUAUUCGGGGCGGAGAAGUCUCCGGCCUCUGCUAUGGAAGUCCUGGAGAAACCGCCAUGCACGGUCCUGUACCCACAAGGUUGUGUUCAGGCGCUUUGUGGCUUUGAUGGAUCUAGCUGUGGAGUUAAGUAUGCGUCCUUCGCAGCCUUCGCACCGGCAGUGUUGGAUACGGAUGCCGGUAUGCAGGCCAUGUUUUCAGACCUGUUGUCGCAGCGCGGGCUUCGAAGCACGGCGCCGUUGCCCGGUCCGUUACCCAUGCCAGGCGCCCGUCCAGCGCGCCCCUCCUUCCUGCAACAACUAGCCGAGCGUCGGCGCCGUGUUAUCGGUGGGAUGUCGUGCCCUGGACUGCGCGACGAAUGUUACGCCUGCCUAUACGGCUGUUCCCAGGCGGGUGUGUUGGGGCCGCGGGACAUUGAGGCCGCCAUCAUGGACACGGGCGGCGAUGCAGGGCGCGCGCUAGCCUGGUACCCCGGGUUGUUGAUGGCAUGGCGGUUUGAUAAGGCGGAUACAUUCUUCCGGGAUAAUCAGCUUCCAGCAUACUACGGCGAAAUCGACUCCAUCCGGUCCGGACGUUUGCAACAGGAUUACAGUCGCAACGGUACCUUUCUGAACGGUAUUCCGCUCCAGCCCGGCCGGCAGACCACCCUCGCCAAUGGAGAUCGAAUCUCUCUCGUGCUAUCCAUCAACCCGCUUGCGGAGGUGUCAUAUGUGUACGAAGAAGCCAGCUUGAUGGCCCUCAUGUCGGUCGACAGACCAGAGGAAUGCGAGCUAUUCAACGACUCCUGCGGCGGGAGCUCGCCCCUGAAAUCAUCACUGCCGCGGCCGCGACCACCGCUGUCGUAUAUCGACGGCGACGCUUGCCAGGGCCAGGUUAAGGUGCUCCUGCGGCCGUGCACCUCAUCGUUGCCAUGCAACGUGCAACGUGCCGUCUCCGCCGAAGCUGGGCUGGCGGCUGUGGCCGCGGCAGGGCCGUCAUCACCGCACCCGCUGCAUCCGCAGCAGCCAUCCGUGCCACUGGCACACCUAAGGUCACCGGACCGUCGGCGACUGAGCAGGACCGCGUCUUCAACUGCUGGUUUCGGAGGCCAUAGCGGCGGAGGCGGCAGCGUCGCUGUAGGGACCGUACGGCGACGUCCGCGUCACGUGCCGCCAACGGAGCCGAUGGGAUGCAGGACAGUCGACGGCGGUGGCGGUGAUGGCAACGACUUCAUCGGUCCCAUGAAGCACGGGAUCGGCGGCAGCAGCGACGACGCUGUCGUCAGCCCUACAAGCACGCCCCACCGCCGCUGCUGUACGGCACCAGGCCGUGGUUAUCCCAUUAGCCACGUCCGUUCCGGCGGUGUUGCCGCCGUCACCGCCAGUGCCUCUACGUCCGCUGCGGCGCGUGGUGCCGCUGACUUUGGCCGCAGAGACGGCACUGUUCCCGGUGCCGUAAGCGCAGGGCUGGCGCACAGAACUGACCGAACCACCGCCAACAGGGCGACUGCCUGGGACGCCUUUGCUUUUAUGGAGGCCGAGGCGUUUGCAGCACGGGAUGUGGCGCUCAUACGUUGGCCCAGCUCUGUGCCGUCACCUCCCGGAAUUGAACCCGGAAGCAUAAAUACCGCAAUGCCGCCUCCCGGAGCGGCCUCGGUCUUUGCUCCGGACCGCCGCCUGCGCUGUGCUCAUUCACCCAUCCAAUCAUGUCCGCUACCGCAAACCUCAUCCCCUGCGUCCCCGCCAGCGUGUCCGCGUCAGCCAAUCGGCCGCGCUCUGCCACCGCCCGUUCCACAACCGAGCCUAUCACCCUCCCCGGCUGAUGCUGCUGCUACUGCCGGGGGCAGCUGCGGUGGCAGCAUGAGGUCUGGAGCCGGUUCCGGAGCUGGUCGGCCGCGGUGGCGGCCUUCUCGUCUACUGCAUUCUAGCUCUCCUGGUUCCUUGCUAUCGGAUAUGAAAGGGACGGCGGCGGAACAUGACGCAACGCCGCCGGCGACAGGGCAGAAGCUGCAACGCCCAUCGCCGCCGCCGCAAAGCUCAGCUCGUGACGCUGUGGCGGCUAACGUACAGGAGGACGACGCUCCUGGCAUGGCGGCGGCGAAGCUGGUAGCGGCGCUGGCUGUAGAGCCGCGGCGUGGCCGCCGCCGUAAUACUCGUACAGGGGCCGAUGGCGAGGAUGGCUGCGAAGCUGCCGGCGGCGGAGGUGAAUCUAGCCAGACGACCAGCGAGGAUGAUGCACAUUCAUUUUCUUUCUCGAUUGCGUGGCGCCCUCGCGUGUCGCCGCCGCCCACGCCGCCGCCGUCCUCAUGCGGCGACGCCGCCGCCGCCGCGGCGGGGGGCUCCCCCCAUUGGGCUGAUGUGCGUGAAAGCAUCUGCUCAGCCGCCGGGGAGGGCCCUGGCCCUGGACUGCUAAGGGGCAGAUUUACACAGGCCGCGGGUGCCAGUGGCUGUGACCGUGGCGACGAGAAGGGGAUCUCAGCUAGUGCUGCGGCUGCUGCGGCUGCUGCAACAGCGGCGCCCGGAAAGCCACAGUCGCAGCUGCAGCGGAAAGCCGCCAGAGCAGCCGCCGCCAGCACCGACACGGGCAGCAUUUGCCCGUAUUUGCCGUACACGCCGAUUACGCUACGCCAGCGUCUCUUGUCAUCGUGCUAUAGGGAUGCACAUACAACUGGAGUGGAAGGUUCUGGAGUUCGCAGCGUCUGCGAUAGCAACGAUAACUACGGCAGUGGCGGCAGUGACAGGGACGGCAGCGGCAAUCCCCACAGCGCGCAGGGAAGCAGUCGUACAAGCGCGGGUAACUGGUCAAACCAGUGUUGUGGCGACUCCUGGAUGGACAUAUCCGUUGAUGGUUGCGGCCGCGGCACCGCUAGCGGCAACGAUGGUGGCGGUGACGACGCCCCCGUGAGCAGCUCGUACAGCUGUGUCAGCGGUGCGCAUCCUACUGGUAACGCCGCUGUUGUCGUCGGCGCCGCCAACGCAGCCUCAGCUGCCUCAGCUGCGGCGAGGCGGCGCUACUCUUCCCCCGACAGCGAAGAGUCUGUAUACGACAAUUUACGAAGCGGCAUUUACUGCGGACGCGACACAGUUGAAGGCGUACUCGGCGACCACCAUCGUGACCGGCCAUCGGUGGCGGCAGUCAUGGUGGACCGAACACCUGACGUCAUACGGCGGCGGCGUGCCGUCGCGCUCGGUUCAUACGAGUCCAUGACGCUGGGUAAUGACCCACAGAGCGUUCCGCGACGUGCACGUUGUCACAUCCUCAGUCCCUCCGCCGCUAAUCCUGGCGCGUUUCUUCCAUCUUUGGCGUUGCGUACCAACCUCACUCCCGCGGCUGUUGCUUCUACUCAUGCUACUCCGGGUACUGAUGAUGAUGAUGAUGUUGAUGACGAUAAUGGUUAUGAUGGCGCCGUUACAGCUGCUGCUACGUGUGUUGCUAGCCGGCUGGUGCAGCAGCGACACCAGCAACAGCUGCGCGAGGCUCUCGACUCGCCGCAGCCACCCUCGCCGCCAUCACCACCAUCACUAUCGUUCGUGAUGCCGCCACCGACGUCCUCGGGAGUAGCUGUGCGGCCGAGCCCAGCUCUGGCCAUGCAACACCUGAUGACCUGUAGCGGCUCGGAUGCUUUGGACCCUGUGGUCCCAGGCACAUGCAGGUACUCCCCACGUUGCGGUCCUGAGGCGCUCCUGUGUGGCCUCUGCGGGGACUACCUUCAGAGGGCUAUUGCCGUACACCCAUGUGGCCACACAUACUGUGGGUCCUGCCUUUCGGAGCACCUUUCCUCCCUCAUGGCGGCCGGCUGUCGGUUAGGUUGUCCGGAGGGCUGUACGGUGUUCACACACUUGGCUGCUAACCAGCCUGCCAGACGACUGGAGGAAAUCCUGGUUGGUCCCCGUCACAAUGACGGGGGCUGUGAACAAGAAAGGAUUGGCACCGGCAGCAGCGGUGGUGUCGCCGGCGCAACCGCCGCCGCCGCCAUGGCACUGCCUCUGGGGGGGGGAGGUUUGGCGGCGACUGCGCUGACGCCAGGAGCGGCCGGGAACUUGGCCGCCUUAAACCCUGGGCCUAGGGACAGCGGAGGCAGUGGCACUGCUGAUGCUGUGGCUGCUGGAGCGUCGAAUGCAGGAGCCGAAACGCCGGCAAGAUUUCAAACCACCACCGCUGAUAUCGGUGGCGUGCAAGGCCCGUCGAGCGCCGUACCCCGAGCCCGUCCGGAGAGGAUGCAACACGAAGACUCCCCCGCACCGCACCACCGCAACCUUACUGGUCGCCACAAUGCAGUACCGUCGCCAUCCCAGUCGCCGCUGCAGCGGUGUCUGCUGUAUACCCCUGCUGGCAGGUUUCCGCAGACCGAAUCCACAACCACCGCCACCGCUGCUUCCGACGCGUCAUCCACAGCUGGGAGCUACGGAGGUGAAGAUGGCGGCGGUGAUGGUGAUGGAGCUCGAAUUGGCGAGCGCAGAACCCGUCAUCGUCGCGACGGCGACGCCGCCGGUGGCAUCCUUCACGACAUGGGCGCGCUCGGCCGUACAGUGGAUGGCGGUGUUUCGGAGCUCUGUCCGCUGCCGGAUGGCAUCCUGCCCCUACCGGCGGUCCGCCUUCACUUACGGCAGGCUGAGCACCUGCUGUUGCGGCUGCGUGGGGUGAUGGGGUUGCGACCUGAAGCAGCGCCGAAUGCGGGUGCAGUUCCAGACGCUGAUGAUGUGGCGGCUGCGCGCUGUUUGGAGUUGCUGUGCCCCCUGACACGGCUAGCCACCACACAGCCAGAGGCCCGUGAGGCCCUGAGUGCCAUGGGUGCCAUCCAGGGCUGUCUACUGGUGAUGGAACAGCAACAGAGGAUACAGCUGCAGCGGGAUCGACAGCACCUCCUGGAGCAAUUGAACCGACACCGGCAACGACAGCAUUUGCCCCAGCAACAGCGGCAGCAGCACCACCACCAACAGCCAAUGCCAUCAUCGCAUGGCGGUCGCUGCAACUGCCACCCUAACUGCAACAGCUGCUAUUGCAGUACAGACCGUUUGGACGUGGAUCCAGAGCCGCUACGGAACCCCUGCAACGGCGACCAAUCUAACGAUGGUAAUGCCGAUGUUGGUGCUGGUGCUGGUGGCGGUAUGAGUUUCCAUUGCGACGAGCUGGACAUCUCGGACCGGAACCUGGAUCCCGCUGGACGACAUAACGUUGUCACAACGGCGGCAGUGGCAAGCACGACGCGCAACAACGGUCAGGGCGGCAGCAGCUCUGGCGGGCCGCGGAUGACCGCCUCCUCACCUUUCCCGCGUGCUUCUGCCUCUUCACCUUCUCCAUCCUACGAUGACGGCGCUAGCACUUGGCAUUCUUCUUUCACUGCUGCUGCGGACCACGUCGUUGUGCCUUGCAGUGGCACGGCUGCUACUCCUGCCGCUGCUGUAAGCGCCCACCGUGAGUCCUGGGGCCCAGCUCCUGCGCAGACGCUUUUGGCUAAAGGCUCCACAGCUGCGGCGCCAACUGAUGACCUGGCGGUCUGUCGGCAGUCGCUAAUGGCGCAGCGAGCUGCUUGCGGCCUCCUGGUGGCGCUGCUGACGGCGGUGGGCCCGGACGACGGUUGCCAGCAAUCCAACCAGUGGUACAUGGCGCGACUAGGGGCAGUGGAUGUGCUGUUGCGCCUGCUGAGAAGAGCAGCGGACACGGUGGCCGCCAUGGAGACGGCGGCGGCAGCGGCGGCAGCGGAGGCGGAGACAAAGACGGAGGCCGUCAAUCUUACGCUGGUACGAGAGAGGAGGACCUACGGUGAGGGGCAAGGGGUGCUGGACCAUCUGCGGCAGGUGCAGCGCCGGCAGUGUUGGCAGCAACUGCAGUUGGAGGACGAGGCGGAUUUCUUGGCGAUUGCGGUCCUGACAGUGUUGCGGCUGAUGGUAGCGGAGAACACGAUGACUCAGGCCCAUCUGGCGUGCGAUGGCACAGCCGCCGUACUGGGGCUGCUGCGUGAUAUGCCUCGCAGCGUGGGAGUUCAGACUGCGGGGUUGCAGCUUGUGGCACAGAUGGCGCAAGGUGACGACGUGACCCAUACGGCCAUCCGCCAUUGCCUGGUGGAAAAGGGUGCUGUGCAGCUGGCAGUGGCGGCCUUAGGGGGCUGCGGUGAUGCUGUCUGUGGAGGGAGUGGGAGGAGGGGAGUGGGAGCUGGCAAUGCGGCGGCCUACCACUCUCAGUGUCAGUCCCAAGGGAGCUCGGUAGGCGACGAGAGGGUGACAGGCCGUGCCGGUGGUGGCAGCAGCGGCGGUGGGGCUAGGGGUCCGCUUUCGGCGGCGGCUCUGGCCGCGCUUAAAGCUCUGCUGACAGCGCCGAUACCUGACUUGCUCCGGAAGGCACUGGCUUCGGAACUGCGGAGAGUUGGAGCGCUGGCUCGGAUUAGGAGCUCCCUCCGGGAAUUCGAGGCGGAGGUGGAGGACCGCUGGCUGCUGACGACAGCUCGGCGAUUGGAGAAGCAGAUUGUGGAGGUGAUGGCUGCGAACCACUGGUGGAGGUGGCGGCGUAGCAGCGUUGCAUGCGGCAGCGGCGGCGGCGGUGGGGGCUCGUGGGAGCUUUCCUGGGGCCUGCUGGCCGCGGCGGCGGGGGUGGGCUUUGCGUUGGGCGCGAGCGCUUCGGCGGUAGUUGUAGGGGCUUUCUUGGUUUGA